GGGUGGGGGUUGAAAAAAUAUUACGCUACAACAAUCUCAGGUAAACAAAUCAUGAGCAGGACUAACCUGAGUGUGUGAUCGUGGUAAAUGCUUCACACAGCUUCAUUCAUCAGACAUCAGUACUACUGGAGUCCUGCCUCAGUUAUCAACACUACUUGAGUCUGCCUCAGACAUCAGCACUACUGGCGUCUUGCCUCAGACAUCAGCACUAUUGGCGUCUUGUAUCAGACAUCAGCCCUAUAGGAGUCUUGCCCCAGACAUCAGCACUACUGGCGUCUUGCCUCAGACAUCAGCACUAGUGGCGUCUUAUCUUAAACAUCAGCACCACUGGAGUCUUGUCUCUUCUGCGUUCGUGCAUUUGACCUUCUCUGCUUCACCUUUUCCAAAACACGUCAACGGAUAUGUUGUAGAUCCUUUUAAACAAUUUAAUAACUAAAGAAUAUUCUUCACGAUGACCAGUUGGUGUUUUGUGUUGUUCUUGAUUGCAACGUGGGGUGAGAGCAAAGCGUCGAUCAACUCAACAGGUAAGAUUGUUUCAUGAUCAGUAAUUGAUGCUCCUCAGGUUUUCUACAAAACUUUGUUGUCACGACUUUGCAUGGGUGUAGCCAAUAAAUGGAGGAUUCUGUGUGCUGAAAAUUGUUUUAUUUAAACUAUAUCCAAAGUCAUUGAUACUUUAACCUGUUGCAAUGUUGCCACACGAUUCUAGCAAUGGCAUAUCACCAUGUUUUUGAGAUAUCUCUUUGCCUCUCCCUAGUAGAAUGUACCCAUACUUUAAGUAUAAACUGUUGUUUUUAUAUCCAAGUAUUAUAAUUCUGUUACAAAACGGAUCUAAUAAUAGUUUUCUUUUUACAUGUAAAAAAAAAAUAUCUGAUGAUGAAGAGUAUUCUACUCAUUCGGGAUAGGUUUGAUAGUUAAUAGACAUAGCAAUGUCAUCAAAUGGUAGCUGGAAAGAAAAGGAAGAUCAUCCUAUGUAGGGUACGGGUAGGCUAAAUCAUAUAAACAAACAUUAAAGAAAGGAACAAAAUAAAUUAUAGAUCUAAAGCUAUUGCCUUCAAUCAGCAUCAGUGUUUUUGUUUACGAUUCGUUUUACUGUAAGUUAUCUCGACGAAUUUGUUUAAAAUUUAAUGUCGUUUUAUCCAUCUACACUCAUCAGAUAAGGUUUGUGAUAUAGACGAGUUUGACUGCGGUCAAGACAAGCACUGCAUUCCUCACACUGGGGUCUGUGAUGGCAAGCAGGACUGCGCUAACGGGGACGACGAGGCUGGCUGUGCCACAGGUAGGCAACUAGUUAUUUUCAAUGUUCAAUUGACUUUAUCUUUCCAAUAAUGAUAGGAUGGUUGAGGGGUUAUUUGACUGUUACGUUUUUGUUUGGUUUUUAUUCUCAAAGAUAAUUUAAAUUUGUGUCUAUUGCUGCAGUUUACCAGCCCAUGUAUUCCACCACCGCCCACCAAUGUGCCCUAUAAGGUUUGCUGGUUCGUGUGCAAAAUCGUACAGUUGUGUGCAAAGUUUUACAGCAUCAAUUUUUUUGUAUGUAAACUUUUACAGCCCACAAACACACACUUACAUGGAAAUUUGCUGCGCGAAUACUCAGAACUGCUGCGAGGCGUCUGUGAGAUAGCUGCGCGGCCGCGCAGCUUAAAGGGAACAUUGCCACCCACCCACCAGCCCAAAUACUAAAAAUAAUAAUAAGUAAAAUAAAGAGCUAAACCGACAGAUAACAAAGGAAAUUUUUAAACACUUUUUUUUUUUAUUUUUUGUGCGCCUCUGCGAGGUGCUAAUAAGAAACAAUUCCAAAUCAGUUUCACGCGGUGCGAUAGCUGAAGUAUAAGUAUUAAUAUAAAGGUAAUUAAAAAUAAUAAAUGCUAGUGCCUCUUUGUAUUUGCUGUUUACAGUAAAACAGAAUAUUACUUGCGAGGCUGGUGAAUUUUUCUGUGAAGGUAGCAGUCAUUCAAUUUGUAUACCAAAGUUACACUUAUGUGAUGGUUUUGAGGACUGUUUUGAUGGUGGUGAUGAAGCUGAAUGUGAGUUUUAAGCAUAGUUAAGCAGAAUAAAUUGUCAACUAAAUUAGAUCAUUUAUUAACAUAACCUAAAUUUACGAAGUACUUUUUCAGUCAAUUUACAUAUUUUAUAAUAAUGAAACCUCCCGAAAGAAAAGACUUCCGGUGUUCCUUGAGUUGAAAAAAACAUUUAUUUUCAUUUUCAAUACUUUGAAGGUAUUGUGACUUGUAGACCUCAUCAAUUUUUGUGCCGCAAAGAAUCGCAUUGCAUCUCCCAGAAACAUGUAUGUGACGGCCAGAAAGAUUGUGAAGAUGGAGCAGAUGAAAUCGACUGUGGUAAGAUAGAAAUAAUUUGUAAAGAGGCAUCCAUAGGAGUAUCAUAUGACCAACAAUGAUAUGUAAUAUGUCAACAACAUAUGUUGAUCAUCAAGACAUAGUCAUAGCCUAAUGAAUAAUCAUAAUUAUUACGUGCCAGCAGUCUGUGUGUUGAUUGUUGAGAUUUUGCAAAAGGUUGUGUGUGUGUGUGGGGGGGGGGGCAUAAAGUAUGUAAAUUUACGCACACAUUCUGAAAGUUUAUCAAAUUCUGUGACAGUCUUUAAAAUCCCUAAAAUAGAGCCAGAGUUUAAGGCAAAAUUAUGUGAAAUCCCUGCCUGAGGCCCGAUUUCUACUUUUAAAAAAAUAUAAAAGAUUGAAAUUUCAGCAGAAUGAAUUCAAUUAUCGAAAAUUGUCAUAUUGUUGCUUUAUAUUUUCACAAACAUCUUGCUAGAUGUGACAACAAUAAGAUUUAGUAAUAGUAGCCGAGAGAGCUAUGUUUUCCACUGAUGGUAAGCUUUUCUGUGCAAGUGAUAAGACAGUUUCCUAAACUUUUUUCCACAAGCACCACCUGAUCUCCUAAAAAGGUUCUAGAUUCCCCCCCCCCCCCCCCCCCCAUUUUUGAGGGGGGAAAAAAGAGGUCUCCCAAAAAGAUUGCAGCCUUAAGAAUUACAUAGGAUAAAACUUUUAUAAAAGAAAUAGAUUUGUAUUGCAUUAUUUGUCAAAGGUGGUUAACUUGUUUUAAAAAUCCAGCUUUAACAGUACAUCCAGUGCCACUUAAGCCAACCAAUUUUUUUUUUGCGCUCCCCCCCACUUGCCAGACAAAAAAAGUGCAGUUGGACGAAAAGUUGGCAGACCCUUCCAUCCCCCCUUCCUAUGUCACUGUCCCAAAAACUAUAUGCCCUCCUAUAAUCUUCAGGUGUCAGGUGUAUGCCACAAUAUAUAUUGUAUAUAAUAUAAUUAGGUUAUGUGUCCUAACUAUUAUUUCCAGUUUAAUUUGAAAUAUGUAAUAAUCGCUUUAACUUUUAAAAUUAUGUUUCCACCUUCCAGACGUUGAAAUGUACAACUGUGGGAAAGAUCCUAACAAGUUUCUGUGUAAUGACAAUUCCAAGUGUCUCCUGGCUGAAUUUGCUUGCAAUGGUCACAAAGACUGCCUUGAUGGCUCAGAUGAGAUAAACAACUGCUGUAAGUUGGUUUUCAAAUAAUCUUGCACAAAAUUAGAUUUGAAUAAAUUUGUUUGCUUUUUACUCAAGAUUGAUAAUCUUGGAUAAUUAAAUUGCAUGCAUUUUUGGGGGAAAGUAUUCUAAUCUCCAUGAAAUCCAACCAGUCAAUAAAAUUAAAACAUUUGUGGUAACUAUCCUGCCAUAUGCUUAAUUCUAAUGUAGGAAAUGCAUGUGUUAUUAACAGCUGUAUGAGACAUUCUGCAAUUCGCUAUUUUUUAAAAGACACAGCAAUUGAUUAAUACAAGUAUCAAACUAAUGGUUGUUAAAAUUAAAUAACAUUGUUGCAACUAUCCUAUGUAUGCAUCUUACAUGGACACAGUACAUGGAUGACAGUACAAUUGUAAAUUUCCAUACCUUUAUGUCAGCCCUCACAUCUCACACUGAUUCUUAAUGUGAGACAAUGUACAUUCUACAAGUUAAACCCUGCCACAUGAUUUCUUUUAUAAUUAAACAUUAUUAAAAGAAUACUUUCACUCACCAUCUGUAUAAUAGGUACUCUUAUGUUCAUCAUGCAACUGUAUUGUUAGUUAAGUAUAUUUGUAAAAUUUCAUUGAAUCAGGGUACAUGGAACAAAGAGCUUUUUAAGAAUAAAACUAAAAUAUUUCAUAAUACUGAUUCAAUUUUAAUUAAUUGUAGUAAUAGUGACAAAAUCUCUUUCCUCAUAGUGUAAAUGGUUACUCAAGUGAUCCAUGUUCUGGUAUAAUACUUAUUGAAGUGUAAAUGGUUACUCCUGAAGUGUAAAUGGUUACUCAAGUGAUCCAUGUUCUGGUAUAAUACUUAUUGAACUUUAUACAUUAACAACCAAUGUGUGGUUGAAAAAACUUUUUGAUUAAUUUUGGGUGUGCUGGGAUAUAAAGUUUAUAUCAAACCCACUAACUGGACAGACCAAUAAAUAUUUCAAUUAAAUGGAUCCUUAAAUACAGUUUGACAGAUGCGCUGUACAAUCAUGUGUACUUUUUUUUAUUUUUCACCUGUUUUUAGACAGUUUGUGUGCUCAUUUACCCUGUGACCAGUUGUGUCUGCCAGACAGCAAUGGUGUCAAGUGCACCUGUCAUGUUGGAUUUCAAAUGAAUUCAACAAACAACAUGACAUGUAUUGGUAUGUUCAUGCAUUUGUCUCACAUGACUUAGAAAUGAAUAUUUUACUCACAGCUUCAUAUUAUUAUAUCUGAAUCUCAGGAGUCAGCACAUAUUUCUGUAUAAAUUUGUUUAUUUUGUAUUUUAUAUUCAUAAGUUUCCAUGGUCACAAAAUAAACAGGAAGUUACAUAUUUCUAAUGGUCAAGUCUUGGGUUAACGUGAUAUAAUAUAUAUACACACAUAUAUAUAUAUAAGGGCUCAAGGGAAAAACCAGUGAUGUCAGGUUUUGAGAGUUUUGAGAAAUUUGAAUUUAAAGUUUGAAAAUUCCUCAUAAAAGUAUGAAAAUAUCAAGAUGGCUACGUAUUUAUUUAUUGACUACGCUGCUUUUUCAGUUGGACCUAUGUAUCAUAUUAUGAUAUUAAAUGGAAUGUAACCACAAGGGAGAUAACAUAGAAAUUUUGAAAAACUGACAUCACUCGUUUUUCCCUUGAUCCCUUCAUAUAUAUAUAUAUAUGUAAUGUACAUAUGUACACAUUAGGGAGACAUUUUAUAUAAUUAUCUUUAUUUAUUACUUUUAUAUAAGUUUUGAAAAGCCAAACAAAUCAUGUGAGCCCUCAUCUUCAAUAAAUGAGUUUUGUUUUGUCACAAUAUUAUCUUCAGAUAUAGACGAGUGCUCACUUCCAUAUGACAAUAGUGUGUGUAGUCACAUCUGUGAGAACUCUUUGGGCUCUUACUUCUGCUCUUGUGUGAAUGGCUAUGAAAAAACAAAUGAUGGCAAAUGUAAAGCUAAAGGUGAGAUUAUUAAUAGGUUUGAUCCUAUCAGAAAAAUGAAAAUACACACACUAAUUCGAGAAAUAAAAGAUAUUAGUAUGCAAGUGUAAAGUUUUCGUAAUUUGAAUUUCAUUUCCUACUAAAGUCACUCAUUUCAAGUCGAGUUUCUUAUAAUAAUUUCCUUAACCUAAUGAAUAUUUUCUUAAAGUUGUAAAAAAGAAUUCUGAUAUGAAAGUUAUUUUCAUUUAAUAAAAUCUUCAACAACAAAUAAUAGCAUGACAUGAAGUGAUAUAAUGUUCUUGGUGAUUACUUUGUAGGUAAAGAGCCAGAGUUUAUCUACUCAACUCAGGAGGAAAUCAGGAUCUUCAUGGCGAAUAAGAAUUAUUACAAUGUUUUGCUUCAGCAUUUACACGGAAUUAAUAGUUUGGGUGAAUUAUUUUUUUACCUUUGUUCAUAUUCUUCAAAUAGUUCAGAAAAUUUAAUCUGAGGUUUGCUAAUGAAAACCUGAUAGUGAUGGGUACGUAAGUUGUCUCUUUUAUUGGACCGUGAAAAGCAAAAUGUUAAUUGUUACUUGAUACAAAGUGUUAAUUGUUACUUGAUACAAAAUGUUAAUUUAUCUUCCAUAUUGUGAUGGCCCACGAUCAAAAUAUUGACAGUUUUGGCUCCUACGAUGCAGAAUUGUUACUUGAUAUAAAAUUUCUCUCCCAUAAAUCAUUUAUUUACAAAAUUUAUGAAGCUUUCAAAAUAAUUUUUUCUUAUUUUCAUGGUUGGGGCAAAGUUUCUUAUUUAACAUUGGCGGUUGUGAAUUAGAAAGACAGAAAACAAAUUUUAUAAUAUUUUUUAUUUUUUUUUAAUGAAAACAUAUUUUUUGAAAAUUCAUCAUGCAAGAUUUUUGUACACACUACAGCUGUCGACUCAGACGGUCACAAGAUUUUUUGGUCUGAGUUCAGAAGUGAUCAUCAACCAGGAGUUUUCUACACAGAUUUUAAAACAUCCUUUCCAGCCAAGACAACAAUUAUGGCAUUUGGUAUGUGUUCUCUUACAGCAUCAACUUACAUCAUCAACUUACAGAAUUUGAUAUGUAUUAUCUGAUAGCAUCAUCUUACAGCAAAUUAUUGAAACAGUUUAUUUAUAUUUUGUUUGUUUAAUAAUCAUUAAUCCAAAGUAUUUACUUUUUGAAAUGAUUAAUUAUCUAUUAGCCGAAAUUUUAGAUUUAAAACAUCAAAACAAUUUUUAGUUUUACACUCAUACCUUCAAAUAACUGACUUUUCAAGUUUUUGUUGCCAUUACCAGGUCUUGUACAUCCACGCGGUCUUGCCUAUGAUUUCGCAGAGAAAAAUCUGUAUAUAUCUGACAGUGAGAAACCAGCCAUUCUUGCAUGUAAACCGGAGCAGUCCAUUUGUGUCACCGUUUUUAAUAAGAAUUUAGUGAGGCACCCAACUGAUUUGGCAUUGAAUCCUGGCAAAGGGUUUGGAUUGAGUUUUUUUUAUAUUCGAGGAAUUUGAUGAAAUUCUUUUGACUAUUAUUUAUCUGGAAAAAUUUACUGCAGAUAAAAUAAUUUUGUGCUUUUAAAGUAAUAGAGAAAUAAUGCACAUAGUACCAAGUGUAAAUGAUUGUAUUAAUCUGCAACAUUCUUGCUCUGCUUGAAAAUCAAAUAUGUUAAAAUUAUCAGUUUUCUAGCUAAUGUUAAAGAAAAUUUGAGCGCUUAGAUACUUUGGCAUUAAACAUUUAAAAAAUUGACAUAAAGUAAAGCUGUCCUAAAGAAGAUAGUGCAGUGGCCAUUCAUUGAUACCUGCUCACAUCAACCAUCCACUUAUGUCAGCCAUCCACUAAUGAAGUUAAGCAUGUUUUAAUGUCUUGUUACAAGUGUUUCAACAAAAUGGCAUGAUUGUUUAAAUAACCUCCGUUCAAUUAAAUUUUCUCGUCUUAGGAUCAUCUAUUGGAUUGAAGAUGUUAUUUCGCCAGUGAUCAUGAAGGGAAGCAUGGAUGGCAGUUACAGCUCAGUGUUCAUUUCUGCUCACCUAUACUCUCCACUUUCUUUGUUUGUGGAUCUAACAACACAAAGGCUCUUCUGGAUAGAUAACCUCCAUAAUAUGAUACAAUCUGUGGGCUUGGAUGGUAGAGACAGACAGGUAAUGGAAACAUAGAGAUGUGUUACAUCAUGAAUAUCAUUUCUUGAAAGUUACACUAAAUUGGUUUAUAAAAAUUAUUCUUUGCAUUGAUCAGUUUUUUUAUUAUUGUAUAUAUAUGUCUGCCGAAGACGGCGUUGUUUUUGUCAAGCCCAGGCCUAGCCUUGUUACACUAUUCAUUUAAGGAUACUAGUGAGAGAAAAAAAGCUAGAUAAAUGUUUGAGUGGCAUAUAAAUGACAAAAUAUUACUUUUUUAAACAUUCUUGUCAAAUUCUAAAAUUAACUGCAACAGUUGACUUUGCAAUUUAUUCAUUUCUGUCUGUGGUAACUUUUCAUCCACCACAAGAAAACUACCUUUCCCCGGGCAUUCAUUGUACAAAGUACUGAGCAUUCGUUAUGCAAAGUGCAGGGCAUUCAUUGUGCAAUAUCAGGGGAUUUAUUAUCCAAAGUGCAGGGUAUUCAUUUUGCAAUAUCAGGGCAUUUAUAAUAGAAAGUGCAGGGAUUUCCCUAUGCAGUGUGUUCAAAGUUACAUAAUGUUCUCUUGUUCUGGGAUCAAAUAAUUUGUAAAGCCUUUGAUUUUUUAGAAAAUGUAAAGCAACAAUUUCACACAUGAAAAAAAAAAAAGAACAAAUACACUUCUUUGUUUUAAAUAGAAGUUAAGCAUUAUGGUCAUAAAAUCCUGGAAUAAUCAUUAAGUCUGAAAUAUCUGAACUUUUGGAAUGUAACAUUUAUACAAAAGGAUUCAUUCCAGAAUAUCAUUGGCCAUGGCAUAUCGCAUCCAUCCAUGCUGUCUGUGUUUGAGGAUGAUGUGUUGUGGGCCAACACAGCCGUAAUGAACAUAGUCUCAGCAAACAAGUUCACGGGCCUGGGGCUCAAGGUUAUCCAACAGGACAUUCCACCACCAACAGCUUUGGUUGUUCAUCACUCAAGUUUACAACCAACAAGGGGUAGGUUGUGAGUUACGUGAUGGUGGUGUAGAGCAAGGGGUAGGUUGUGAGUUGCUUGAUGGUGGUGUAGAGCAGUCUGACAAGGGGUAGGUUGUGAGUUACGUGAUGGAGGUGUAGAGCAGUCUGACAAGGGGUAGGUUGUGAGUUACGUGAUGGUGGUGUAGAGCAAGGGGUAGGUUGUGAGUUACGUGAUGGUGGUGUAGAGCAAGGGGUAGGUUGUGAGUUACGUGAUGGUGGUGUAGAGCAAGGGGUAGGUUGUGAGUUACGUGAUGGUGGUGUAGAGCAAGGGGUAGGUUGUGAGUUACGUGAUGGUGGUGUAGAGCAAGGGGUAGGUUGUGAGUUACGUGAUGGUGGUGUAGAGCAAGGGGUAGGUUGUGAGUUACGUGAUGGUGGUGUAGAGCAAGGGGUAGGUUGUGAGUUACGUGAUGGUGGUGUAGAGCAAGGGGUAGGUUGUGAGUUACGUGAUGGUGGUGUAGAGCAAGGGGUAGGUUGUGAGUUACGUGAUGGUGGUGUAGAGCAAGGGGUAGGUUGUGAGUUACGUGAUGGUGGUGUAGAGCAAGGGGUAGGUUGUGAGUUACGUGAUGGUGGUGUAGAGCAAGGGGUAGGUUGUGAGUUACGUGAUGCUGGUGUAGAGCAGUCUGACUGGAAUCAUGUCACGUUUUUUUUUACCGGAUUAAUUCUUUAUUGCUAAACAUAACAUCUUACAGUGCUCAAAAAAACAUCCAUGAUGCACCCAGAAUAAUCUUUAAAAUCUUAAAAGAUAAAAUAUAUCAUUAAAAAAACUAUGGAUAGUUCACUAAGUUUCAAAAUUUAUAUAAAACGCAACUGAGUGUAAACAAUUAGGAUGAGCUUGUAUGUAAGGUAAAGUCUUCUGCUAAAGAGUUGAGCAGAUAAAAUAUAAGAAUGGUUUCGUUAAGUCUUUGAAUAACACACUUGAUCAGCAAUGGUAAUAAGAAAACUAAUUUCGAGUUUUGUUACUUAUUUUCAGAUGUACACACAUGUUGGUUAAAGAAAUGCAGCCAUAUUUGUCUGAUAGGCAUUAAUGACACAUACUCCUGUGCUUGUCCGGACGGCUACAAACUUGACCAUUUUGCUAAGAACUGUGAGAGUAAGUACAAAAAGAGGCAAAAUAUUUUGCAAACACUUUUUAGCCAUUUAAAAAAAAAAUAACCUCCACUUAAAGGUCAAGGAUAUGGUGCUGAAUCUAGCGCUCAAUUACUUCAAGUGCGUUGUUGUCUGAAAUGGUAUAGGAAUCUAUCUACUGUAGGCUUGAAGUUUUCAUCUAGAUGGCUUGUUGCUCUAUAAAUUAUAAUCUAUGUUUUCAAUUAAAAUGAACACAUUUUGAAUGCAGCAACUUUUGGCUAUUAUGAGCAAGUUCAUAUUUCUAAUUAUUAUUUUAGUGUCUGUGAUUGACUUUUGAGUAAAACAAUUCAGUCACCUUGCACACACACUCUUCACCAGAAAUCAGCCAUCCACCAAUUCUCAUAGCUGCUCAGAAAGAGGAGAUUAUUACAAUCCCCAUCACCUCUGGAUUAUUCCAAGUUAAAUCCCAUAAGUUGACCUCCAUGAAGAAUGUAUACCUGAUGGCUUACCUGGCUAAAUCUAAUGAAAUCCUCUACACUGAUUCUGCUGAAAAGGGCAAAGUCACUAUAAACCUACUUGAAGACCUGGACACUGAACCACGGUUUGUAAUAAUGCUCUAAAAUUAUGAAAUCUUUUUUACAGAGUCAACAAAUUAAUAUCUUGUUGAUAUUUGGUUAUAUUAAUGCAUUAAUUAUGCACACAAAAAAAAUUAUAUAUUUACAUUCAAAUACCUUGCCUUUUACACCUUGCCUGUAACACAUUGUCUGCUACACAUUGUUGGCUAUACAUUGCCUGUCACACCUUGCCUGUCACACCUUGCCUGUCACACCUUGCCUGUCACACCUUGCCUGUCACACCUUGCCUGUUACAGAAGUAGAGUAGUCUUAAAUGAUGUGGGCACUGUGGAGAGCCUUGCGGUGGAUGAAUCAUCCUCACUAAUCUACUGGGUUAAUGGAAAUAAGGUAAAUAUUUUCUUGUUGUUCCAGCUCAUCAAAUCCUUUCUUAGCUUAGGAAUUACCAUUACAGCAUUAAGAUUAUCUCUACCAUAAAACAUAGGAAUUACCAUUAGAGCAUUAUGAUUACCUCUACCAUAAAACAUAGGAAUUACCAUUACAACAUUAGGAUUACCACUACCAUAAGACAUUUAUAAAAAGUGUUGUUUUUUUUCUAUACAAGAGAAGCUAAUACAUUGAAACAUGAAAAAUUUGAACCGAGAAGCUCAUCUCUAGCUCCUUUUCAAAAGAACUAGAAAAUGUCAGUUUACAUCAAUACAUUUUUUUUCCCACUAAGAUAAAUGACUAGCUGCUUAAAUAUCAUCAAAUAUCUGAUCGCCACUGUUUAUUGCAAGUAAUGCUGACAUCGAGUCUUCGAUGUAUAUUUUGCAAUCUUCAGAAAGCCAUUCAGUUGUCAUCCUUUGAUGGGGACAGGAGAGCCACCUUGACGAUUGAGGACAUAAAACAUGUUGGUGCUCUAGCAAUUGAUCCUUCACAAGGGUAAAAUUGCAUCUCUAACUUUUUUGACUGAUUAAAUUCUGAAAUGUCAGGCCUUUUUAGCAUUGUAUAUAAUAAAUAGUUUUAUAUAUAUAUUUGUUUUUUUAAUUUAAUUAAUGUAUGUCAAUUAAUUAUUUCAGAUUUUUAUUAUGUUUGUUAAAUUGUAUGUACAGCGUGGUGAGCCCAGCCCUAGGCUGGGGUACCACGCUAUAUAAAACCACAUAUAAUAAUAAUAAUAUAAGUUUGGUGUUUAUCAUAUUAUAGACAAUCCUUGAUCUGAAAUAUCCAACUUUAUUAAAAUAAUGGUUAUAAUUGUACACUUUUUACUAUUUGUUACAAACUUAAAAUUUUAAAUUAAAAUUGUUUUGCAACAAAAAAUAUAACAUAAAAAACCACCCAUAGAAUAUUAAAUGUCUCUCCAACACAUUAAUCUAUAGAAGUUUAAUUGAUAUAAUGCCUCAUAAAAGAUUGUAUAUAAAUAAGGUUUAAUCAAACUUUAGAAUUUCACACAUACAUAUAUUAGCGUUUAAAUUGUCAUACUAGUGCAGACCUGUUUACAUUCAACUCUUAAAAUUGUACAAUAUCAUCAUGUAAUUGUUCACUACAUUCCCUUUAUAGAAAAAAAAAGGUGCAGUAUAUGUAAUGUAUACACCUCAAAAUCGUACGUUGUACUCCAAAAUCACAAGAGUAAACAGGUCUGCUAGUGUCAUAUUUUUAUGCUUCCACAGUUUGUUGUAUGUUGUGGAUCUGUCACAACCAACUGUUAUCGUAAGGUGUCAUCAAGAUGGGAGUGCCUGCAAGACACAUGUCUGGGAAAGGCUAGAUUACCCAAAUACUUUGGCAGUGUCAGGACAUAGAAUCUACUGGAGUGAUUUUAACACAGGUGACAUUGCAUCUGUGGAUAGCAUGGGGUUAAACUACCAGAGACAUAUCAUGUAAGUUGUUACUAAAUUUAAACAGUUUUGAGUUAGUCACUAAAAUCUGAAAACAGUAUCAAGAAAUAUCUUUUUGUUCACGUUGAACUACAAUACACAAGGUUACCCAGCCAGGGGUCCUCACAAAGUGUGUGGGGUGGCACUUCAGCGGGAUGCAGAGAAAAAGGACUUAAGAUUAGAGGAAUCAUUGAAUUUUAAGUUAUAAUAUAAAUUUUUAUAUAGACAUUUUUUUCAUAGUAAAAUAUAAAAUACAAAAGUUCAUUUUCUAAGUUGUACAUUUCUGUUUGUAAUUCAUACAAACAAAUAGUCAAUGUCUUUCCAAUUAAAAAAUUGCAUGGUUACUUUUAAAGGGAUGCAAGACUUAGUAAAUUGACUUAGCAUAACAUUUUUUUUAAGGGUUUCAGGACUAGUUAACAAAUUUAUAGGGGUCAAUUUAUGAGGUGGUCAAUCUAUGUGGGGUCAAUUUAUGAGGGGGAGGACUUAAACAUUUCAUAAAAGCAAUUGAUGGUACUCUGUAGAUUUCAACUGAUGACAAAAUAUUUUAUUGAAAUUUAACAUCAACCACAAAAACCUUCCUGUAAUUUUAUUAAAUUAUAUCAUCACCAUGCAAAUAAUUAUUUAUUAAACAUCUUUAAUUGAUAACACUAAUAGGACAACUAUAGUCAACUGACAAACCCAUGGGAAUCAAUAAGUUUUUUUUGUUAAUAGCACAAGUACAAAGCCACUGUCCAUUGCUGUACAUGGCACCACCUUGUACUGGACAGAGCUGGAUGGCAGCUUUGUUUACUACCACAACCUGGAGAUAAAUUGGAGUGAAAAUAAAAUAGAAACCGACAAAUUACAGUUGACUGGACUUCUGGUCGUUGAACCUUACAGUUACGGUGAGUGCCACUUCCACUCUCAGUCUUUAAAAAUAUAAUAGAGAUUUCAUACUCAGAAAGAAAGACAGUUUUUUUCGCUUUUACGUAAACAUAGAAAGGAAAAAAAAUGUCGAAUGAGAUAAUUAAGAGUACUAUAACAAAGAGCCUUAAAAUAGAGACAUUCCAUUAAGAUCCAAUGAUAAUGUAAGCAUUUGUUUAGGACUAAACAUGAACUUGAUCCAUUUUAAUUCUGUUACUUAAAAUUAUCUAAGCUUAAUGAAAUUUUUAUUCUGUUAGUUUUAAGCUGGGGAAAUAUAUUUUGUGGCUAAAAUAAUUCUUGUUGCUCAAUAAUUAGAUAUUUUGUUGUCUUUGUACAGCUGUCACAAAAUGUUCUGUAGAUAAUGGGGGCUGUGAUCAGCUGUGCAUCCCUACACCAGGAAGUGUCACAUGUUUGUGUGCUGAAGGCUACAGACUACAUGGCAAUCAAACAUGUCUAAAAGGUCUGUUUGAUCAUUCAAUAUUUGUAAUACUUCUCUUGGUGCUAGGUGUUUAGGAAAUCUUCUUGGUGCUAGGUGUUUAGGAAAUCUUCUUGGUGCUAGGUGUUUAGGAAAUCUUCUUGGUGCUAGGUGUUUAGGAAAUCUUCUUGGUGCUAGGUGUUUAGGAAAUCUUCUUGGUGCUAGGUGUUUAGGAAAUCUACAAACUGAUGCCAUAUUUUUAAUGAUUUAAAUUUUAGCCAAACAAGAAUUGUGUCUGCCAUAUAUUACGAUUAUAUAAGCUUAUAUAUUAUAUUCAAAUCAAUAUAAUUUGUCAUUUAGUGGAUUUUUGGCAAUGACCACUUUAUCCAGAAGAAAUGGUAGAUGUGGUCUAAUCGAACAUAAGAAUACGAAAUUCAAGUAAAAACCUUUUCAUGUAAGCUCAAUGAUUCAAACUUCCACUAAACAAUGAAACUAUUUAAGAAAAACAGAAAUAACAUGUAAAAUAAUUAUCCUUUUGAAGUAUCUGAUUUAUCCACUAUUAAGUCUCACUCCUAAAGAAAAGCCCUUAAAUCUGAGUGGCACCGAAAAAGUACAGUGAUGGUGCUGUGCUAAACCUUAAAGCAAUGUCCCAAGGAAAUGUUAAAAAAUGUUUUAAGUUUUUAAUAACCACCUUCUUUCAGUUUGAAUUAUUUAAUUUGGUAAUGAGAGUAAAGAAAGAAAUCUCAAAUUGCUUGGUUGUCAUGUAACUAUCAUGCUGCUGAUUUUUUGUUAGUGUGUAUGUUUAGCUUGGGUGUAGCAUCAUAACUAUCAUCGUGAGGAUAUGCUUCUAGUGAGUAUUUAUUGGUUGGGUGUCAAAGUGUCCUCUUUUUUUAUAGCCAUUUUCAUUGUUUCUAUAGUAUAGUAGUUACUAUCCUAGUGUCUCAUUUUUAUUUACUUAAUUUACAUGUUUUAAUAAUUGUAAAGCGCUUAGAGCUUUAUGAUAAGCGCUAUAUAAAUGCCUAAAUAAAUAAAUAAAUGUAACUAUCAUGCUUUGGAUAUGCUUCUAGUGUGUACUUAUUGCUUGGGUGUAAUGCAACUAUCAUGCUUUGGAUAUGCUUCUAGUGUAUACAUAUUGCUUUGGUGUAACAUAACUAUCAGGCUGUGGAUAUGCUGUUAGUGUGUACGUAUUGCUUGGGUGUAGCAUAACGAUCAGGCUGUGGAUAUGCUGUUAGUGUGUACGUAUUGCUUGGGUGUAGCAUAACGAUCAGGCUGUGGAUAUGCUGUUAGUGUGUACAUAUUGCUUGGGUGUAACAUAACUAUCAGGCUAUGGAUAUGCUGUUAGUGUGUACAUAUUGCUUGGGUGUAAUGUAACUAUCAGGCUGUGGAUAUGCUGUUAGUGUGUACGUAUUGCUUGGGUGUAACAUAACUAUCAGGCUGUGGAUAUGCUGUUAGUGUGUACAUAUUGCUUGGGUGUAACAUAACUUUCAGGCUGUGGAUAUGCUGUUAGUGUGUACGUAUUGCUUGGGUGUAACAUAACUAUCAGGCUGGGGAUAUGCUGCUAGUGUGUAAGUAUUACUUGGGUGUAACGUAACGAUCAGGCUGUGGAUAUGCUGUUAGUGUGUACGUAUUGCUUGGGUGUAACAUAACUAUCAGGCUGUGGAUAUGCUGUUAGUGUGUACUUAUUGCUUGGGUGUAACGUAACGAUCAGGCUGUGGAUAUGCUGCUAGUGUGUACUUAUUGCUUGGGUGUAACGUAACUAUCAGGCUGUGGAUAUGCUGCUAGUGUGUAUGUAUUGCUUGGGUGUAACAUAACGAUCAGGCUGUGGAUAUGCUGCUAGUGUGUAUGUAUUGCUUGAGUGUAACAUAACUAUCAGGCUGUGGAUUUGCUGCUAGUGUGUAUGUAUUGCUUGAGUGUAACAUAACGAUCAGGCUGUGGAUAUGCUGCUAGUGUGUAUGUAUUGCUUGAGUGUAACAUAACUAUCAGGCUGUGGAUUUGCUGCUAGUGUGUAUGUAUUGCUUGAGUGUAACAUAACGAUCAGGCUGUGGAUAUGCUGCUAGUGUGUAUGUAUUGCUUGGGUGUAACAUAACGAUCAGGCUGUGGAUAUGCUGCUAGUGUGUAUGUAUUGCUUGAGUGUAACAUAAUGAUCAGGCUGUGGAUAUGCUGCUAGUGUGUAUGUAUUGCUUGAGUGUAACAUAACUAUCAGGCUGUGGAUUUGCUGCUAGUGUGUAUGUAUUGCUUGAGUGUAACAUAACGAUCAGGCUGUGGAUAUGCUGCUAGUGUGUAUGUAUUGCUUGGGUGUAACAUAACGAUCAGGCUGUGGAUAUGCUGCUAGUGUGUAUGUAUUGCUUGAGUGUAACAUAACGAUCAGGCUGUGGAUAUGCUGCUAGUGUGUAUGUAUUGCUUGAGUGUAACAUAACGAUCAGGCUGUGGAUAUGCUGCUAGUGUGUAUGUAUUGCUUGAGUGUAACAUAACUAUCAGGCUGUGGAUUUGCUGCUAGUGUGUAUGUAUUGCUUGAGUGUAACAUAACGAUCAGGCUGUGGAUUUGCUGCUAGUGUGUAUGUAUUGCUUGAGUGUAACAUAACGAUGAGGCUGUGGAUAUGCUGCUAGUGUGUACUUAUUGCUUGGGUGUAACGUAACUAUCAGGCUGUGGAUAUGCUGCUAGUGUGUAUGUAUUGCUUGGGUGUAACAUAACUAUCAGGCUGUGGAUAUGCUGCUAGUGUGUACGUAAUGCUUGGGUGUAGCAUAACUAUCAGGCUGUGGAUAUGUUGAAAUGUUUCCCCUCUCACUCUGAUGACCACUUACUUUAUCCAUGUCCAGCUGAUGAAUGUAACGAUCAUCUCUGCCCUGAUAACAUCACCUGCAUUCCAAGAACCUUGGUGUGUAACAAAAACCCUGACUGCCCCGAUGCAUCUGAUGAAGCCAACUGUUCUGGUGGGUUCCUGUUUUUUGUUUUUUUCGCCACUUAUUUUCAAUCAUUAUAUAACAUCCUGUGAAUCCAGUAUUUAGUUUCAAUCAUUAUAUAACAUCCUGUGAAUCCAGUAUUUAGUUUCAAUCAUUAUAUAACAUCCUGUGAAUCCAGUAUUUAGUUUCAAUCAUUAUAUAACAUCCUGUGAAUCCAGUAUUUAGUUUCAAUCAUUAUAUAACAUCCUGUGAAUCCAGUAUUUAGUUUCAAUCAUUAUAUAACAACCUGUGAAUCCAGUAUUUAGUUUCAAUCAUUAUAUAACAUCCUGUGAAUCCAGUAUUUAGUUUCAAUCAUUAUAUAACAUCCUGUGAAUCCAGUAUUUAGUUUCAAUCAUUAUAUAACAUCCUGUGAAUCNUCUGUGCUAGCCAUGUUGAAACAGUCUCACUAGCUUAAUGUAACCAUAUCUUCUGUGCUAGCCAUGUUGAAACAGUCUCACUAGCUUAAUGUAACCAUAUCUUCUGUGCUAGCCAUGUUGAAACAGUCUCACUAGCUUAAUGUAACCAUAUCUUCUGUGCUAGCCAUGUUGAAACAGUCUCACUAGCUUAAUGUAACCAUAUCUUCUGUGCUAGCCAUGUUGAAACAGUCUCACUAGCUUAAUGUAACCAUAUCUUCUGUGCUAGCCAUGUUGAAACAGUCUCACUAGCUUAAUGUAACCAUAUCUUCUGUGCUAGCCAUGUUGAAACAGUCUCACUAGCUUAAUGUAACCAUAUCUUCUGUGCUAGCCAUGUUGAAACAGUCUCACUAGCUUAAUGUAACCAUAUCUUCUGUGCUAGCCAUGUUGAAACAGUCUCACUAGCUUAAUGUAACCAUAUCUUCUGUGCUAGCCAUGUUGAAACAGUCUCACUAGCUUAAUGUAACCAUAUCUUCUGUGCUAGCCAUGUUGAAACAGUCUCACUAGCUUAAUGUAACCAUAUCUUCUGUGCUAGCCAUGUUGAAACAGUCUCACUAGCUUAAUGUAACCAUAUCUUCUGUGCUAGCCAUGUUGAAACAGUCUCACUAGCUUAAUGUAACCAUAUCUUCUGUGCUAGCCAUGUUGAAACAGUCUCACUAGCUUAAUGUAACCAUAUCUUCUGUGCUAGCCAUGUUGAAACAGUCUCACUAGCUUAAUGUAACCAUAUCUUCUGUGCUAGCCAUGUUGAAACAGUCUCACUAGCUUAAUGUAACCAUAUCUUCUGUGCUAGCCAUGUUGAAACAGUCUCACUAGCUUAAUGUAACCAUAUCUUCUGUGCUAGCCAUGUUGAAACAGUCUCACUAGCUUAAUGUAACCAUAUCUUCUGUGCUAGCCAUGUUGAAACAGUCUCACUAGCUUAAUGUAACCAUAUCUUCUGUGCUAGCCAUGUUGAAACAGUCUCACUAGCUUAAUGUAACCAUAUCUUCUGUGCUAGCCAUGUUGAAACAGUCUCACUAGCUUAAUGUAACCAUAUCUUCUGUGCUAGCCAUGUUGAAACAGUCUCACUAGCUUAAUGUAACCAUAUCUUCUGUGCUAGCCAUGUUGAAACAGUCUCACUAGCUUAAUGUAACCAUAUCUUCUGUGCUAGCCAUGUUGAAACAGUCUCACUAGCUUAAUGUAACCAUAUCUUCUGUGCUAGCCAUGUUGAAACAGUCUCACUAGCUUAAUGUAACCAUAUCUUCUGUGCUAGCCAUGUUGAAACAGUCUCACUAGCUUAAUGUAACCAUAUCUUCUGUGCUAGCCAUGUUGAAACAGUCUCACUAGCUUAAUGUAACCAUAUCUUCUGUGCUAGCCAUGUUGAAACAGUCUCACUAGCUUAAUGUAACCAUAUCUUCUGUGCUAGCCAUGUUGAAACAGUCUCACUAGCUUAAUGUAACCAUAUCUUCUGUGCUAGCCAUGUUGAAACAGUCUCACUAGCUUAAUGUAACCAUAUCUUCUGUGCUAGCCAUGUUGAAACAGUCUCACUAGCUUAAUGUAACCAUAUCUUCUGUGCUAGCCAUGUUGAAACAGUCUCACUAGCUUAAUGUAACCAUAUCUUCUGUGCUAGCCAUGUUGAAACAGUCUCACUAGCUUAAUGUAACCAUAUCUUCUGUGCUAGCCAUGUUGAAACAGUCUCACUAGCUUAAUGUAACCAAGAUAUAACCAAGGGUAGAGUUAACUAGCCCACUCUCCAAACCUAUAUUUUAACCACUAUCUAACAGCUCACUGGACAUGCCGGGAACAGCAAUGGAGAUGUAACAACGGCCACUGUGUUAGCCAGCAGUUUUUCUGUGAUUAUGACAAUGACUGCGGCGACUGGAGUGAUGAGCAGGAAGCUCUGUGCCCAGGUUCAUUGUUUAUGUCAAUACUUAGAUAAUUAAUUGAUGACUGGCUCUGUGCCCAGGUUCAUUGUUUAUGUCAAUACUUAGAUAAUUAAUUGAUGACUGGCUCUGUGCCCAGGUUCAUUGUUUAUGUCAAUACUUAGAUAAUUAAUUGAUGACUGGCUCUGUGCCCAGGUUCAUUGUUUAUGUCAAUACUUAGAUAAUUAAUUGAUGACUGGCUCUGUGCCCAGGUUGAGUGUUUAUGUCAAUACUUAGAUAAUUAAUUGAUGACUGGCUCUGUGCCCAGGUUCAUUGUUUAUGUCAAUACUUAGAUAAUUAAUUGAUGACUGGCUCUGUGCCCAGGUUCAUUGUUUAUGUCAAUACUUAGAUAAUUAAUUGAUGACUGGCUCUGUGCCCAGGUUGAGUGUUUAUGUCAAUACUUAGAUAAUUAAUUGAUGACUGGCUCUGUGCUCAGGUUCAGUGUUUAUGUCAAUAGUUAAUUGAUCACUUGAUUGUGGAGUGCUGGUCACACAAACAACUGUAUAAGAAAUCAUGGCUGGUUGGUCUUAGAAUUUCUGCAGUGUUUUUUAAGCCAAUGAUAUAAUUAUUAAAAUAUGCUUGUCCCAAUGUGUCAAAGUGUAGAUCUGUACUUGUUGUCCCAAUGUGUCAAAGAAUAGAUAUGUACUGUUGUCUAAAUGUGUCAAAGAAUAGAUUUGUACUGGUUGUCCCAAUGUCAAAGAAUAGAUCUGUACUGGUUGUCUAAAUGUGUCAAAGAAUAGAUUUGUAAUGGUUGUCCCAAUGUGUCAAGUAUAGAUCUGUACUCAUUCCAGUGUGUCAAAGUAUAGAUGUGUACUGGUUGUCCCAAUGUGUCAAAGUAUAGAUCUUUAUUGGUUGUUCCAAUGUGUCAAUUAUAGAUCUGUACUCGUCCCAAUGUGUCAAAGCAUAGAUCUUUAAUGGUUGUCCCAAUGUGUCAAAGUAUAGAACUGUAAUGGUUGUCCCAAUGUGUCAAAGUAUAGAACUGUACUGGUUGUCCCAAUGUGUCAAAGUAAAGAACUGUACUGGUUGUCCCAAUGUGUCAAAGUAUAGAACUGUGCUGGUUGUCCCUAUGUGUCAAAGAAUAAAUUUGUACUGGUUGUCCUAAUGUUUCAAAGUAUAAAUAUGAAGUGCUUGUUCCAAUGUUUCACAGAACAGAUCUGCACUGGUGGGGACUGUCCAAAUGUGUCAAAGAAUACAUCUGUACUACUAAUCAUAGUUUCUGAAAAUUAAGUGUUGCCUUCACACCAGAUUCCUCUUCUAACUGGGUAACAUAAUGCAAUGAAAAAUAUAUUUAAAACAAAGAAGAAAUAACCCAACCUUAAAUCUUUCUUUUAUCAGUUCACCAGUGCUCAGAAGAUCAGUACAGGUGCAGUCCAAGCCAUUGUAUUGCCAAACAUAAUCUCUGUGAUGGGAUCAGAGACUGCCACAAUGGAAGUGAUGAAGCCAACUGUGCUGCCAAGAACUGCUCUGAGGGACUGUUCAGCUGCGGGACAUACUGCAUCCUUGCAAGUUGGAGCUGCGAUGGAGACUUGGACUGUCAUGCUGGGGAGGAUGAGCUGAACUGUGGUAAAGAGAGUCGUUUGUUCCACAUAGACGUUUAAACUAUUGGCCACUGAUGCCAUCAAGAUGUCAAGACAUGAAUAUCUUUUCUAUAUUCAUUUCAUCAGUUGAAACAUAGGAAAAAAACAUAGGGAAAAAAAGAAAAUAAACAGAAAAAGAAACAUUAAAAACAUAGAAAAAAUCCAAACCAGUGUUGAUACAUUGAUUGUGGAUAUUUUGAAGCACACAAUUUUUGUAUAUAGAUUUUUAAAAAAUGUUCUUAGCUUUCAAUCUUGUAGACCUUACCAAUCUUUUAGACCCUAUAUUUCUCACUUUUAAAGAAGAUUUAACGCAAUGCCAUUUUGUUGUUGUACCAUUGAUUCCACUGUAGAUGGUAAACAGAAAAGAACAUGUGACUCUUUAUUUGAUCUUCGGACAUUAAAAAAAAAAAUCUCUAAUAAUACUAUUACCACAGUAACCAGAAUACCAAUAAUACCAUCAUAUUUUAACUAAACCUUUUCUUUAUUUUUAAGUUUUGUCUUACGGAAACUUCCACGACACUGUCUUUUUCAGUUUCAAGCUUCCUCAUCUCUUGUUCGGCAUAUUUCUGUAACACUGCUUGCUCGCAGUGUGUACAAAAUGAUCUCUUGUCAAAUUAGGCAGUAGUUUCUCACUAUGGGCUAACAUAGCUGAUCCAUGCAGAUGCACACAACUUAGGAAAGAGUCGAAAUUGUCAUUGCGCAUUACAUAACAUAACAAUGUUAUACACCAAGAUUGAAGUCAAAUGUUGAAGUACAUAUUAAGCCUUGUACCAAGCCUAAGCUGUUUGAUAGAAUUGAGCCUUGAACCAAACCUAAGCUAUUUGAUACCAAGCCUAAGCUAUUUGAUUGAAUUAUGCCUUGCACCAAACAUAAGCUAUUUUAUAGAAUUAAGCCUUUUACCAAGCCUAAGCUAUUUGAUAGAUCUGCAUUGAUCAAAAUGUUAUUAAUUGAAUAUUAGUAAGACAUGGAUUCAUCAAAAUGCACCAGGUGGUCAUUGUGAUGGUCAGUUUCAAUGCUCUGAUGGGGAAUGUGUGCAUUUGGAAGAUGUCUGUGAUGGUGCCAAACAUUGUGUUGGUGGUGAGGAUGAAGGCAAUUGUUCACAUGCAGGUAAUGACAUUUUCAUUGUUUGUGAAACUGUAGCGCGUGUCAGCAUGAGAAAACAAAAGCUUUAAGUGACUCUCAUGAUCUGUGUAAUGAAUUCAAUGUUUUUCUUGAUAAUGUGUAUGAAUUCAAUGUUUUUCUUGAUAAUGUGUAUGAAUUCAAUGCUUUUCUUGAUAAUGUGUAUGAAUUCAAUGCUUUUCUUGAUUUUUUUGAUACAUUCAGAAAAGAAAUGUACAUACUUUCACCAUUAACUCCCUUAACAAUUUUAGAAUGUCUACCCUGCGUUAUCUUAUGUCUAUAUCUUCAAUUGAAAAAAUAUUAUUUUAAAAAAGCUGAAUUUGAUAAAUUUAAUGAAUCAAUGUUAACUAUUGUAUAUCAGUAUGAAGAGGUUAUAAGGAAUUUAAUGAAAAUCCAUCGUGCUCAUUGCUUGACUCUAUUUCAAGAUGGCUGCGGCCCUCAUCAGUUUAUGUGUUACAAUGGAGACUGCAUAGACAAAUCCUCUUUGUGUAACUCUGAGCCAGACUGCCUCUCACAUGAAGAUGAGUCACCUCAAACUUGUUCAGGUCUGAAAUUGUUACAUUUGAUUGAGUUUAUGAAACUUUUGUGCAGAUUUUAAGCAAAACUAUUAAAUCACAUUUUAAAUAUGGCAUUAAUAUUUGGAGAAAUGUUCUGCACAAUAUAAUUAUUUCAUAUUGGGUAUUUAACAUAUGAAUUUUAUUUCCAUGCUAAAGUUUUAAAAUAUUUUAAAUGGAAUAAAACAAAGGAAUAUUCCUUCCAAUUCCCCUUUAAAAAAUUAUGCCUCCAUAUUAUAAAAAGUGUAAUUUACAUCAUAAAAAAUUAUUUUUUUUGAUCCCAUACAUCAGUUCAAUGUGAUGAGAAUGAGUUCCAAUGCUCCAGUGGCCAGUGUGUGAGAUCGCAAUCUGUCUGUGAUGGUAACAAUGAUUGCUUGGAUAAUUCAGACGAAAAUCCUGUUGAUUGCCAUGAACCAAAAAGAGGUAGUUAAAUUUUAUUGGAACCAAACGAUGUCACAAACAAUAAAACCACAGGCAAUAAAACCGCUAAAUAUGCAGCGUUCUUCAGUGCUAUCCCUUUGAGAUAGUGUUCUCACAUAUUUAACGCACAUUAAAUUAUUAUUAGUGAUCUUGUUGAGUUCAUUUUAGGAUAAGGCUGAGCAUAUCAAGUUAUUCAUGAUACUUGAGCUAUGAAUAGGCUCAUUCCCCUACUAGUGCACAUGAAUUGGUUGUUCAUUGCUUUGUUGCAGUGGAAAGUUCUUAUAAGUUUAGUAACUGUUGGUCUCAAAUUAUAAGGAGCUGUUAAGAGGGUCUGUGCUGGAACAUACCUCUUAGCUCUCUAUGACACAACUCUGAUCUCUCUGUAGCACAACUCUUAGCUUUAUGUGACACAUUCUUAGCUCUCUGUAGCACAACUCUUAGCUCUCUGUGACACAUUCUUAGCUCUCUGUAGCACAACUCUUAGCUCUCUGUAGCACAACUUGCUCUCUGUAGCACAACUCUUAGCUCUCUGUGACAUAUUCUUAGCUCUCUGUGACACAUUCUUUAGCUCUCUGUAGCAGAACUUGCUCUCUGUAGCACAACUCUUAGCUCUCUGUGACACAUUUUUAGCUCUUUGUGACACAACUUGCUCUCUGUAGCACAACUUGCUCUCUGUAGCACAACUUGCUCUCAGUAGCACAACUCUUAGCUCUCUGUGACACAUUCUUAGCUCUCUGUGACACAUUCUUAGCUCUUUGUGACACAACUCUUAGCACUCUGUGACACAUUCUUAGCUCUCUGUAGCACAACUUGCUCUCUGUAGCACAACUUGCUCUCUGUAGCACAACUUGCUCUCUGUAGCACAACUUGCUCUCUGUAGCACAACUCUUAGCUCUCUGUGACACUUUCUUAGCUCUCUCUGACACAACUCUUAGCUCUCUGUGACACAUUCUUAGCUCUCUGUAGCACAACUUGCUCUCUGUAGCACAACUCUUAGCUCUCUGUAGCACAACUCUUUGCUCUCUGUAGCACAACCUUUAGCUCUCUUUAGCACAACUCUUAGCUCUUUGUAGCACAACUCUUAGCUCUCUUUAACAUGUUGUAGAUGGUUUGUAUAUAAAUAAGCACGUAGAAACUUUUUUACAAAACUCAUUCUCUUUAAUUACUUUUAUUUCUGUAUUACAUUUAUUUUACAUUUCCUAAUAUCUAAACAUCAAUUAAUUAAAAAGUUACUAAUUAGACACACUCAACUAAAAUUUAAAAAAAUAGAGCAUUUUAAUGAUAGUAACAUACAUUUCUUUUUCCUCAACAAAUACGAAUACACAUGGAUCUAGGUGUGCUGAAGGCAUCUUGGUGUGCAAAAGGCAUCUUGGGGUUUCAGCAUCUUGGGGUGCUGAAGGCAUCUUGGUGUGCUCAAGGUAUCUUGGUGUGCUCAAGGUAUAUUCAAGUCUUGAAAAUGAAUAAUUUGAUAGUUUUAUAUUGUAUACUAUUACUACCUUUCAACAGGACUCCCUAUUGUUAGUUGUGAGACUGGUUUCAAGUGUCUGAUAGGACAGUGCAUAGACCAGGCUGAUGUGUGUGAUGGUAAACUAGACUGUAGAGAUGGCUCUGAUGAAAGUAAUUGUGCUGGUAAUAAUUGACAGUACUUACUUUUAAAAGUUGUGUUAAUUUUCUGUUUCAAUAUGGUGCAUGAUAAGCAAAACUGGUUUCAUCGUCAUACAAUCUUUCAUCGUCAUACAAUCUUUCAUCGUCAUACAAUCUUUCAUCAUCUUCCAAUCUUUCACUUUUAUCUUUUCGGUGUAUUUAAAAAAAAGCUGAAAUAUGAUAUUUCACAUUUUAACACAAAUUAUUUGUAUUUCAUCUCAGCUUUCAAGUAGGGGAAUUUAAUAGUCAACUUUCAUCAAAUAAUGGUUUUGAAUAGUUUCAAAAAAAUAAAAUUAUGUACUUGACUUAAACCCCAUAUUUCUUUCUGCUCACUCUUUAGUUGUGUGUAAAACAUUCAACCCAUGCAGCCAGAACUGUUCAGAGAGUCCAACGGGUCCAGUGUGCUCAUGUUCAAAAGGCUUCCAGCUUAUCGAUAAAACUAUCUGUGAAGGUGAUGUCAUGUGCAGCCUUAAGAAAACAAAUUAAUAAAAUUGUGUAAAUGAUUAAUAAUAUUACUGUCUGUCUUAAGAAAUCAGGUUGAAGAGUGUUUGCUCUAAGCUGUUUGAAAACAAGUAAUACUGACAACUUCAUUACAGAUAUUGAUGAGUGCAAGUCUAAUAACGGAGGCUGCAGCCAAAAAUGCUACAAUAGAAAAGGGGGAGUGCAGUGUUUUUGUCAUGAUGGUUACUUACUAGGAACAGAUCGGCGCAGCUGCAAGGUUAACGGUAAAAAGUUUUAAUUUUGAGUUUUAAAAUAUUUACCGAUGCCUUAGAAAACUUGAUAAAGCCACCUCUUUUCAUGGUUGAUUUGUUUGAACCAAAGUCUCUCACCAAUUACAUCAACUAAAUAAAACUAUAUUCUGACUGGAUUUGGCAUUAUUUUUAUUGCAAGUUAUUGUGAUUGAAAAAGACAUGCAAAAAUGUGUUAUCCUCCUGUAGGUUCAAGACCAUACUUGUUAGUUGGAACUCCAGCAGGAGUAAAGCAAAUGUCAUUGGAUGGAAGAAGUUCCCAGUUACUUGUAGAAACCCAGUCCAUGCCUAUUCAUUUAGAUUUUAAUGUCCACACCAACAACACCUACUGGACGGAGUUUGAGGUUAGUGCAACAGUUGGAGGUUAGUGUUACGUUCGGAGUUUGAGGUUACUGUAAGUCGGAGUUUAAGGUUAGUGUAACAGUCGCCACGUUAAAAAGCAGGUCAUGUUUAAUGCUUUUUUUAUCCAAAUUUAAUGAACCAAGGUGAAAUAUUGUUAACUGCUUCAUACAAUUAAAAUUGUUUCAGGCAAGCAAAUCUUCAAAAAUGGCUCUUCGGUCAGCUAAAGGGACUGUACUUCAAUCCUCAGGUGAAAUUAAGGGACUUGCUAUAGACUGGGUUACUGGGAAUAUUUACAUCUCUGAGGUAGGUCAGGUUAUUAAUUUCUUUUUUUAUUGUGAAAUAAAUUUUAGAUCAAUUAUUUAAUAGUGUGUAGUCAUUCUGAGAAAUAAUUUACCUUUUAAUGACAGAAUAAAGUAUUAGUCAAUUUAUAAAUAACAUAUGCAGAUUUGAUGGUUAAGAAUAUGUGAUAGUUUUAGACAUGGGUGCCACUCACUGAAAGCUGUGAACCCUGAAAUCCCUUAUUAAAAAUUUCUUGAAACCUGAAACUUCGACAAAUUUUCCAAUCCCUGAAACUUAAUGAAACUCAAAAUUCCAGACUAUCGCAAUGUGGCGUUUUUGUUGAUUAAUAUAAAAACAAGCAUUUUAGCAUGAAACUGUCAAAUAAAACAUUGAGAUACAUCACAAAUGAGCAAAAUGAAACAAUUAAAGUGUAUACAUGUAAAUAUUUAUUAAAUUUCCUAGCAAUAGCAAUUUUGCAAUUUACUUAGACUUGAAAAGUCAACUUUAGCAAUGUUUUAUCUGGGCAUUUUUAGAACAAACGUAUAGCUACAACAAGUGGCAAGCAUCUAUUCUUAUAUGGAGGUAAUGUUCUCUUCUUUAUGAUGAAAAUGGAUAGUUUGAGUCAACACACUUUAGGGAUUAGUGUCUAUAAAAUCUCCCAAGUGUGAGAGUUUCAUAGUUUGACACAUAAAAUUUCAUAAAUUGAGAAGUUACAGAAGUGGACACCUAAGAUAGGUGAUAAAGCUGGUAUCCUCAGAUGAUUGACUCUGACAUUUUCCCCUUGAAUACUUGGUAUCAAUAUUUCCAGCAUAGUAUACUAUUUUUGACUUGUUCAAUCAUGAUUGCUGUAACUGUAAUGCCCAUCAGUUCUUUAAAGUUAAAGUUAAAGCAACUGUUGGGCAUUACAUUAUUUGAUUGAGCCUAGAUCCUGAAUAGUGAAACAAAAUAAAAUAUAUUAUCAUAUUUGAUUUAUAAUUUAUAGUAAGGCAUACAUAAUAAUAUAGACUAUAUUAUACCAGUACUAAACUACGGCAAUACAGAGCAUUAUAAAUAAUAAUAUAGUAGAAUUACCGUAAAUUAUACCCAGAGUCAGAACACAGGAGUGCAUAACUAAUAAAUAAAGACUAACUGGCUAACUAAAUACAGUUAUGUUAGGCUCACUAACAAUAACUUAAUCAUGUUAGUCUAUUUAAAAUUAGAAGGCUUACUCCGUAAUUAAAUGUAAAGUUAACUUAAGAAGUCUUUAAAAAAAAAAUUAAACGCCGCCGAGCUCUUCUAAUACCUAACAAAAAAUUCUUGUCGCCUGCAUACAGUAAAACAUAACAAAGUACGCUAAGCUUAGUCUUGUUAGACAGCGCUUGGACAAGUACUUUUCUUUUUAUGAUAAUGGUUACCGAACAGUUAAAAACUAAAUUAAAAAGAUAUUUACUAAAUUUUACACUUUGCUUACCCAAACACUUCAAAUAUCUCUUGAUCGGCGAUGUGAACUGAAAAUAAAUAUUUCUGGUCUAUCGAGGCAGUACGGUACCGGGGUACUCGAAACAUGUAAAACUCAAAACGCAUGCGCUAGGGGAAACCAAUAGCUCUCUGGCAACAGAAAGGCUAAAAAUAGACGAGAUCGGCGCUUAACGUCCAUUUUAAAGGAAUUUUCCUGGUUUUUCGCACAUUCUGUUAGACGUUGAUUAAAAAAAAAAACCCAGACAGAAUCUGUAUUUGAAUAAAUUGAACUGGCGAAUCCGGAACGAGAGAAUAUAAAAACUAGUGAAUCCGGAACUGAAAAAUAUUUAGCCUCAUGAAUCCGGAAUUCCGGGAUAACCCGGAAAAGUGGCACCCCUGGGCUUAGAUAAGAUGUAAAUUUAUUGAAAUACAACUCUCUACAUCUUUGAUUUGUUGUGCUAUCAACUCACACUCCAGUACAAUUUUAAAAAUAAUUUUGUACAAGUUAUCUUUGUGACAGCAGGUACAAACAAAAAUCUGGAAAGGUCACUGAAGCACUGACAGCAAGUACAAACAAAAAUCUGGCAAGGUCAAUGAAGCACUGAAAAAAUGUGACUAGGUCACUGAAAAACUGACAAUAAGCUUACGAAAUAAUGACAUGCUUAAUGCCCUUUUCUUAUUGAUUCCCUCCACAGGUGAUCGGCAAUGAAGGCAGCAUAAAAGUCUUUGAUGGACAUCAAGAUAUGGCAACUCUGAUAUUUGAUUCCCACUUCAAGCCAGAGUCAAUAGUGGUGCACCCAUACAAAGGGUGAGCUAUAGAAUUCUUUUACUUACCUUAUGCUGUAGGCUUCCUUCAAACCAGAGUCAAUAAUAAUAAUAAUAAUAAAGUUUAUUUGAAAAACAGGCUUCAUCCCCAAAAGCUCGAAGCGCGGUACAAAGUCAACCAUAUUAAAAAGAGAAAUAAAAACAAUCUAAAAUUUACCACAUUUAAAAACAGGCGCAACAAUAUAAAGCUACAUACGAGCAUACCCAGUCAAAGUCUUUCAUCCCGUUUCAACCACAAGGAACACAAGCCAAUAUACAUUAACUGAAAAAGAUGGUAGAUAGCAUCACCCCAGAAGGUGUUUGCGAAAUAGAUGUGUUUUUAAAUUGGUUUUAAAGGACUCCAGUGUCUGGCUGUUUCUGAGAGCGACUGGAAGUGCGUUCCAAAUUGUUGGGCCGGCAAAUGCAAAAGUGCGCUUUCCGUAAGUCUCAAGGCGAACACACGGUAUUGAUAUUUUGCCACUAUCGGAUGAGCGGAGCUCUCUAGUGGGUACAUAAGGCGUCAUGAGUGCUUUGAGAUAAGAUGGCGCACCCGUACAAAGGGUGAGCUACUUAUACAAUUCUUUUACUUUCCUUAUGCUGUAGGCUUCCUUCAAACCAGAGUCAAUAGUGGUGCACCCGUACAAAGGGUGAGCUAUACAAUUCUUUUACUUUCCUUAUGCUGUAGGCUUCUAUGCAGAUAACCAUAUUGAUCAAUACUAAGGCGGCGAAUUUUGAAUAGUAAGAAAAAUUCUGAACUUUCACAUUUGGAACUGAUGGGAUUUAUGCACUGUCACUUGUAUUGACUACAUUCCCAGAUGGGAGAAGUUAGGAGUACAGCAUCCUACCACCAGACAGGGCAACUUGUAUUUGACUACAUUCAGAGAUGGAAGAAGUUAGUAGUAGUAGUACAUUCUCUUACCAUCAGACAGGACAAAUUGCUUUUGACUACAUUCAGAGAUGGGAGAAGUUAGUAGUAGUAGGAGUAGGAGUAGAGCCUGUACUAAAGACCAGUUAAAUGUUCAUGAUUAAAUGGAUGUCAUAUGAUAGUUAUUACCCAGUAUUAUAGAACUAAAAAUUUGGAUUUUAUAUACAGGUAACUUGACAUACCCGGUACAAGUAAUGUACCGGUACCAACCACAUUUGACCAGUUAUAUGUCUGUCUUAUGUUCUAUUCAUAUGUCUUAUGUUCUAUUCGCCUCAGUCUUAUGUUCUAUUUGUUUCUGUCUUAAUGUCCUAUUCAUCAGUCUAUGGUCUAUUCAUCUGGCUUAUGUUCUAUUCAUCACAAUCUUAUGUUUAUUCAACUGUCUUAUGUUUUGUUCAUCUGUCUUAUGUUCCUUUUAUCAGUCUUUUUCUAUUCAAUCAGUCUUAUGUUCUAUUUAUCCCAGUCUUGUUCUAUUAAAUCAGUCUUGUUCUAUUAGUCACAGCCUUGUGUUCUAUUAUAAAGUCUUGUGUUCUAUUUAUCAUAUUCUCAUGUUCUAUUCAUCAGUCUCAUGUUCUAUUCAUUAGUCUCAUGCUGUAUUCCUCACAGUCUCAUGUUCUGGUUGUCAAGUGAUUCAUUGAUAAAGCUGGAGCACAGCUGGAUGGAUGGCUUUUACCGCAAGGACAUGUUCAUCUUGUCUCCAAGUGCUAAGCCUGUUAGUUUGAGUAUUGACCACACAGCUGAGAGGCUCUAUUGGUUGAACUAUUUGACAGCAACCUUGGAAUCAUGCAAGUUGGAUGGAACUGAAAGGUAAAAUACUGUCACCUUAUUUUUAAUAGUGUUUCCAAGAAUUUUUAUGGCAAGGAAUUCUGUGUGUAUUCUCUCUCAGAUUAGAGACUAUUUAGCAGAAGAAUGACAAGGCUUAGCAGACGCAUGACAAGGCUGUACAAUACAAGAAUUCUAUUCAAGCAAUAUUUAAUAGUCUGUAAAACAAUGUACUCGUAAAAUAGUGUACUUUAAGUAUGAGCUUCUCCAUUAUAUAUUUUAUAGUAUUAGGGUGGAAAAGCUAAGGUAUUCUAAAUCUGUAAGCGAUUGUACUUACUAACAGGGCAUUAACACAGCAGACAAUAAGUUGAGACCCUUUGAUUUAACCUCUAAUUCACAAUUCAUCAUCUUUAUAUGUUUGUCUUAACCCCACUUAAAUUAUUUAAAGAAACAUGAAAUAAUUUAUAAAAAAUUUUUUUAAAAUCAAUGUUUGUGAUAUCUUUGGAAUUUUUCCAUUGCUUUUCAAUCGAAAAGUAAAAGUAGAAGUUUUCAAAUUAACAAUUUCCCCAUUCAAUUCACAGGUUCAACAAAUUUUCCCCUUUUAAUUUUACAGGUUUAUAAUUCCCCGUCACCCAUCUCUCAAAGUCUACUCAUUUGAUGUGUUUGAAAGUGUAGCCUAUUUGACAGACCAGAGACACAGCACUGUUGCCAAGCUCAUGACCUAUCAUCCAGAACAUGGAGCGCAGAAGUUUCAAACCUUGUCUCAAGUUGGACCUGUAAAAGUCAUCCACAAGCUCAAACAACCUGAACGUAAGAAUUUAACUCAAAUUAAAGUAAUGGGACUUUUUUAAAAACAGUGAGUACAAGAUUGACCAUGGCAAUAUUCAACCUGAUUAGUAGCCUUGAGUUGAGCUGUAUUUUGUUUAAAGGGAGGGAGAAUCGCUCAAUUCGUCAGCCUCACUCUCUGGUCCGUGCCCAUUUGAUCCAAUGGUAAAGCUUGGUCCGGACGACUGAAAUAGACUAGCAGUGGGGUUUUUUGUGUAUGUGUUUCACUGCUCAUUCUGCAUUCCAUGACGUUGCAGUUAUCAGAAUUUUCAUUGUGUCAUUAUUAUACCACCUAUGGGAUUCCAUCUCUGGGCUUGAUCUCAGAGUGUGUCUUCUCUUAGAUGAGUUGCCAUCCAAUGUUACCAAGUUCCAUCCAUCUAGAUAGAACUUGCUCUAACUCUAAAGAUGAAUUUAUGGGGAAAUAUUUAAGGGGAAUAAGUGGUGUCUUUGGCUCACGUGCAAGUCAUAGGGGAUUUUAUAAUUGUCUAGGUACGGAUGUAGAAUUAAUUAUAAUUUUAGGAAUUUGUCUAAGAAAAAAAAUUAAUCAGUCACCUAAAGCCUUGCUUGUGGAAAAUUGAGUUCCAAGUUUUGUCCUAAUUUUACGUCUGCAAUUUGCUAUGAUUGGCUUUGCAAAGAGUAUCAAACUACCGCUAUUCAAUAAUGAAAUGUCAAGAGUGACAUGCUUUAUAUGAUCGUAGCAGAAGUUUAAAUAUAUUUUAGAAUGGUCAGAGCAACUUUCAUUUUGAUAGGGUUUGGUACCAGCACCUGACCUAUAUGUAGUACCCGACUGGCAUAAUGCUAUCUGCACUUAGGCAACUUGUCAAUUGAUAUUUACUGAAGGAUAGACUCAUAGAAUGACUUGGUGAUCACAUUUCUUUCUAAUGGGCACUCAUGUAGUUUUGGAAAUGUUCAGUCAGUAUGGUUAGAUGACAAAGGCAUUUGACUUGGUAGUCGAAGAGGCCUUUUCAGUAUCAUGCAAAGAAUAGGUUGUCCCCCACGACUGCUCACAAUACCCCAUCCUGAGUUAUCAGGCAGCGAAGCGGCACAUUGGAGAUCUCCCUUUGUAAUGACAGCUUCCAUCAGCACUCCCUCCAUUGAGACCAAUGGAGGCCACCUCACCCCAAAGACAUCCGGCCGGCCAGUGAUGUUGCUCUCACAGGAUUAGCAGGAGGAGUCGGGAUGGUAUAUUUUAAUCCUAAGAUCUACCCCUGUCCAUCCUGGGGUCGCCCUCUAAUAAGGAUUUCUAUAGUGGGUUUCUACCUCACAACUUAUUUACAAAGCAGCUGGGAUGAAACGGUUGCUUGGGAACAGCUACAUCAAUUGCGGUGUAAUAUACCAUAUAUUAUUCUCUAUUAUUUUAAAGUAAAGUAUUGUAGAUACUCAAUUUUUAAAAAAGUCUGUAUUGAAAAAAAAACAACUUAGUACUGUAAAGCUUACACUAGCAUAUUUUAUAGGGUCUGCUUAGGAGUGGGUUAUACUUUUUUAAAGAUUUCCCUGGCAAAACUGGGGCGGUUGGUUAUGAAUGAACUCAGGCUUUAGAAUGAGUAUAAACCUAAAAAUUUUGUACUGUAUACCCAGUACCUGAAAUUCAUUCAAGUUUUCAUAAUCAAACGAAUCACUCAUCCUUUCCCUCCCUGUGUUAUGUGAAUCUAAUUUAAAAAGUGUGUACUAAACGAUACUACCACAUUUAUCCUCUCUGCUUUCAGUUUACUGUAGCAGAGAAUGCAGGGAUAUUUCUAUUUGAACACUACAUUGACCAAUGUCUUGUCAUCUAAACAGGCUCAUUUACACCCCACCCCCCCACACUUCAUUAACAGUUAAUUUCAAAGACCGAUUGUUGAGUGGGACACCCCGGUCAUACAUUGUGAUGGUUAUCAUAAAUUAUGUUCUAAUGUUCAGAUAGCCAGCAGAAAGGACUAUCUGCUACGGUAAGAAAGAAAACCAAUCCAAAAAAAGCCACAUGAAAUAUUGUCCCAGGAGAAAAAGUGCUACACUUAAAAUGUCAAGCAAUAUUGGAUGACCCAAACUCUUGAGUCCGCAUCUUAUGCUGCCCACAAUGGCAGCAGAAGCAGAAUAGGUCAAUGUUAUCAAUGUGCCAUAGAGGGCAUGAAACUAAAAUGUCAAUGCCAUUCAUACAGAGACGAUGGCUCAGCCAGUGAAAAUCUUAAAUGUUUUUGCUGUUGGAGAUGGAUGAAAAUGAAAAAAAUCAGUUUUAUGAUUUUUUAAUGCAUUAAUCAUUGAUUAGUUAAAUUAGAUUAUUUUGUAACUUGGGCUUGGGAAUGUAACAAUGUUUAAAAAAAUAGUAAAAAUCAUAGUGACUUACCUUUGCUUCAGAGUUAUGCCAUUUCAUUUACAGCCGUCCCUCGUUUAUCAUACAACAAGGGUGUAUAAUUGACUCGAGAACCGAGCACGCGCUGUAUCAUUUUCACUAUCUCUGUCAACUUUUUGAUGUCUGAGUACAUGUUAUAUUUAAAGAAAAAAAAGUGAUUUUGACAAUGUGUGAAGCCGCGAAAGUCGAAGUGGUGAGGGAUGACUGUAUAACUGUAUACUUUCUUUCUUCCUUCCAGGACCCAAUCCAUGCCUCAAUAAAAGUUGUAUGUUCUUGUGUUUGCUAAUGCCUCAUGGGGGUAGAUGUUUUUGCAAAGAUGGCUAUCAUGAUGGUGGGAAUACCAGAUGUUUAGGUAAGCAUGACCCGCUCUAAUAUUUCUAGUUCAAAGAUGUAUUUCCUUAAUGCUUAGAAUAGAUGUUACGAUAUAAAAUGACUUAAGUCUCUAUAAGCUGUCACCAUUUUAAAAUUUAUCUUCAUUUCAAUUAAGAACUUUUCAUUAAUUCCCCUGCAAUGCAGUUGCUUAUUUGACACAUUUCAAUGGACAAAUCAAUUUUUUAACUGCAAUUGUGGCAUAAGUUUGUGUUACGGUACUUAAUUUGAUGCAUCACAGAGGCUGAUGUCCGCAUUCGUACUAUCACGUAUGGACCACUGAAAUGCUCUCACAUGGUGGGUCUUCCGGCUAUGCUCCUGGAUAAAAUUAAAAAGCACAGAAUAAUGCGGCUCACAUUGCUCUUCGCAAACUUGACCAUGCUAAAAGACUUCAGAGAGAGCUGCAUUGGCAGCCGGUCCACACUCGCAUAGAGUACAAAAUUGCAACUCUGUGCUACCGCUGCUUGCAUGACCUGGCGCCAUCCUAUCUCCAAGCGCUCAUGACGCCUUAUGUACCCACUAGAUCACUCUGUUCAUCUGAUAGUGCCAAACUCUGGAUACUGCAAGUUGGCCUUGAGACCUAUGGAAGGCGCACUUUCGCUGGCUCAAGAAUCUGGAAUGCCCUUCCUGUCAGUCUCAGAAACAGCCAGACCCUGCAGUCUUUCAAAACUAAGUUGAAAACACAUCUUUUUCGCACUCACCUGCUGGGGUGAUGUGGUCUACCUCCUUGUUUCCAGCUUGCUCAUAUUCCUCGAUGUAGAUUUUGUAUGUUGUGUUUUGUAUUUUAUUUAUAGAAAAAUAUAAAUUGUCAUAUAUGGUUGACUUUGUACCCCGCUUCGAGCCUUAAUUAGGAAUGAAGCGUUUUUUUGAAAUAAACUUUAAUAUUAUCAAUUUAUUACGAUAUGGAGGCAGGCUUAUAAUACUUACAUUUAGUAAAAUAGUAAUUUACACUCUUUUUAAAAAAAACAUGCACAAUAUCUUUUGUCAAUGUUUUUCCACAAGGGCAAAAAGUUGAUGAUACCCAAACGGUGGGGACCAAAUCAACUCCAGUGACUGACAGAGUAAUUUGUUCCCUUCUAUGUCAAAAUGGGGGUGAAUGUAUGUUGGAAGGGGAUCUAGAGUCUUGCAGGUAACUAAGGUGUUCAAUUUAAAUUUGAGUUUAUUCCUUAAACUUAAAACUAGUGUAUUAAAACAUGGGAAAAAUUUAAAUAUUGGUCCCGGUGUUGGAGCCUAUCAGUUUGGGCAUGUGUGAUUUAGAAUUGACUAAGAUUUCAUGUCAUAAUCUUAAAAAACAAUUCAAGUAAUAAUAGUUUAAGUCUUUAUAACUUUUUCAAUGUACAGUAUGGUAUAUAUCAUUGUUAAUAAAACUUCAAUAUGUAAAUCUAAAAACUUUGUACACCGGUAUUUAUUCUGCUUUUCAUUUCACAGCUGUCCUGUUGGAUUUGAAGGAAUUUUCUGUCAAAAGGUUUCUGUAAAGAAAGGCAACAAUAAAGAAUCUUCAUUGGCAUGGCUGGGUGGUAUCAUGGUGAUAUUAGUGGGUCUACUGUCAAUUCUAAUUGGACUUGUUGUUUAUGUUAGACACAGAAGGUAAUAUUACUUACAUGGAGUUGGAGUUAAGCAUGUGAAAGCAAUUUCAAUUACCAUAUCAAAGCUUACUUAUAAACUUAUUUGACAUUUCUUUUAAACAUGUUGAAAGCAUAAAUAAUGUCGUUAUUAAAAGAAUAGAUACCAGGUGCCAUAUUACAAUGAGAGUAGUAAUUGUCCUUUCAGGAGGAGAAAGAUUCUAGUCCACACAAUCAGAUUUCAGGACCCCAAGUUUAAGCUGACAAAGAAAGACGAUGAAGAAGGUCUAGUUCCAGAAGUAUCAUUUGGUGAUGAACUUUUAGAAGACUCCCAAAGAGGUAUAGCUAAUAUUAUUUAUUUUUCUUUGUAAUUGUAAGGCAAAGAUAGCCAUUUGAAAUUUCAAAUAAUUUCCCUAUUAUUAAUUUUCAUUGAUUUUAUUACUGCAUCAGACAUUUUAUUGAUUGGCUACAAUCCCUACAAUUGACUUGCGUAGUUUCUUUAUCCAUAAAUACUGGUGCUAGAGAUUGUAGGAGGUUAAAAUGUGUAUAUUACUGGUACGGAUUAGUUAUCUGGUCUUUCCGAGCUAGGUACAACUAAAUCAUCCUGGAUACCAUUAAGUUGGAGUUAUCAAGUGGAUGAGCUAACUAAUGACCAUAAAACAUAAUUCACCUUAGUCCUCUGAAGGCUUAUGCCAACCAUUUCUCUAGCUUUGUCAUUUUACUUGGUGGUCACAGCUUGAUACAGAGAAGAUUUACAUUUACCGCUCGAUUUGCACUAUUUGAAAUUUUUUUGACAAAGGUUCUUAAAUUACAAUAGAUAGACUUAAUUGAGGUGAGAGACUUUUCCCCACAGAAACAUUUGGUUGGUGUUUCUAUCAUUAGUGUUAAAUUAACACACUGUGCAUCGUCUAUUCUCAGAAAUACAAUUUACAAUGUUUUUUUUGUUUACUUUUGUUCCAGAAUAAAAACUAUGUCAAUUUGAACUGGUGGACAACACAAUUCUAUGUACUGGUAAUAGUAUUAGUUUCUCUGAUAUCUGUAUAUGCCGUACAUGGAGACAUCCGGUGAUCAUUGUUCAAGUAUCGGAGCUAACUUUAACAAAAAACUUUAUUCUUGUUAUAGCAGUAUGUUUGCUCACUUUCAAUCAUGUGUGCUUUUCAUGUUCACUUUUUGAAAGGUUUUAAAAGAAAGAAAAUCUUUUGUUUGAAAUUGAUGUGAAUGAAACUUUAAUCAAAAUGACUGACUCGAUGC